GCUUUUCCAUUGUAGGUAACAAAACACUGGUCCUGUCCAGCCCACAGAGGCUCGGAUGAGGAAGUAGCCCCACUGAUACGUUCGCUGAAUAGGACAACUACAAAAAGUACCCGCAGCCAUGAAGCUUCGCCUGCACUUUGUGGUGGACCCCAUGGGUUGGCUGUGCAUCAGCAUAGUAUUUGGGAUCUGGCUCUACAAUACUUUCUUCAUUCCAAAGCUGGUUCUGCUGCCACACUACAAUGAAGGACACAUCCCCUGGGUCACAGUUGUUUGUUAUUACAUAUCAUCAGCGCUCUGCAUAGCGGCCCUCUUCAGAGCUUCCACAGCAGAUCCCGGUCGUCUUCCUGUGGACCCCCACAUACCUCACUCUGAGCGAGAGCACUGGGAGCUUUGCAAUAAGUGCAACUUAAUGAGACCUAAAAGGUCCCACCACUGCAGUCGUUGUGGCCACUGUGUACGCAGGAUGGACCACCACUGUCCUUGGAUCAAUAACUGUGUGGGAGAAGACAACCACUGGCUCUUCCUGCAGCUCUGCUUCUACGCUCAGGUCCUCAGUUUGUUCACUCUGGUGUUGGACUUCUGCCAAUACUAUUACUUCCAACCACUGACAGGACUGGACCAGGAGAAGUUUACAACACGCCAUGAGCUGGCUUUGCUGCGAGUCUCAGCGCUCAUGGGUGUGGUCAUGUUCGGUGGCAUGACUAGCUUGUUUUACACCCAGAUGACGGGCAUCCUGUCUGAUACUACCACCAUUGAGAAAAUGGCUCAGUUCUCAAAUGAAGUAUAUGGCUCAAAGAGAUCCUGGCAGUGGGCACUAGCUGAAGUUUGCGGCACUCGCUGGAAACUCCUGUGGCUCAUCCCGCUCCGAAGCAGGCAGCCACUCCAAGCCAGCCACCACUUCCGCACCCACGUGUAGGUCGGUAGCACUACACUACCUCCUGCCUGCACAGAUGGUACAGGCUGCCAUGAUGAAACACUGUAUACACACUUAAAGAAUCCAUCUGCUCGCCUUCACCGUCCUCUUCUGUGCUAUGGGAGCUCGGCAGCAGUCUUGGUUUGUCAGUGGAUACUGGAAGCUUUUUUUUUAUUAUUGUUUUCUUUUUUCUUUUCCUUUUUUUCCCUUUUUUUGCCUUUCUCUACAAGACCCAGACUGGCAGUAAACAGGGUCAAGAAACAGGAAAAUGUUGCUUUUUUUAUUCACUGUGACUGCUACGUUCUGCAUUUGGAAACCACUUUUAAUGGCUAAUUGCAUCAGAAGGAUGGAAGUCUUCACCCGAAAGCAGCUGGCAAAAGGGACCCCUCUCAGGUUACUUUAAUAAAAAGAGCCUUUACUACUGACCUUUAAUCAGCUACAGACAGAACUAGGGUAACUCCAGUGUGUCUGUUAGAAAGGCAAUUUUUUGUAUGAAGUUUGUGCCUUGUUUCUUUUAGCUAUGUCCUUUUUAAUUUGUUAAGCAUGAGCAGUGUUUUUACUUUAUGUUUUCCGGUUGGUGAUCUUCCAGUUAGGAAAUCUCUUGUGAACAGUGAGGGGAUCUGCCGUCACCUUCACUCCUUUAAUCGGCGAUCAUUUGAUGAAUCAUGAAUGUUAUCUUGCAUUGCUCUAUGAACGUUUUAUCUGUGAAAUGAUGUUUUAUGAAGCACGGCCACAGAACAAAGUUGAUGACUACUUGAUGAUGGUUUUUGACACUUGACCAGCCAAGUAUGAAGAUGUGUAAUAACAAGCUGACAGUUAAUAUUUCACUAUGCCAUGGUAAAACAAUCCGUAUUUAGAAAUAAGUUGUACAAAUAAAGUUAGGCUGUUUAUGUCAUAGUCAAACCUGCUGUAUAAUCAAGUUGAUUCUCUGAGUAUAACAAACAUUCCUCAGCCAAUUAAUAUAAUGACCUGUUGUGCAAUCCUUUUUGAAGGGGUUCAGUGUCACACUCUGUCCUCAAAGAUCAGUAACAGCUCUUUGUUUAGGAGGAUGACAUUUUUAGAAGUAUGCAUACAGCCAGCAGCUGGUUAGCUUAGCUUAGCACAAAGAAUGACACAAAGACACAAACUCCUGGUAAAACUGCAACUUAUCUUUUUUAUAUUUCAGUUUUUGUACAGAUUUAACAAAUGAGAUUUAUAACAAGUCUAACAUGUCCUUAAGAGCUGCUGGAAGGCAGAUUUUCUUUUCUUUGGAAGGAGUUGGGCCUGCUGUUUCCCCAAAUUUCCAGUCUUAAUACUAAGUUAGGCUAAUCAUAUGCUGGCUGCAGCUUCACAUUUACUAAACAGACAUGAGAAUGGUAUUGAUCUUCUUAUCUAACUCCACGUAAGAGAGCGAAUAGGCCUAUAUCCCAGAAUGUCGACCUAUUCGGUUUAGCUGAAAUCUGCUGUAUCAACCAUAGCACUUACAAAGCACUGGCACAAACGUUGUUUGACCACAUCUUUCAUUUUAUACUGUUGACAAAAUCCUUUGUGAUAUAUACUUCUCAUUUUAGUGUUGCGGAUGUUAUAGUCAGGUCUUAAAUGUGUCUGAGCAAGUGGCUUUAUAAAUGUGUAUCUUUAUAAGUAACACAAUAACUAGCGGAUUAGUGUACAUACAGCUAGUUAACACUUGACACAGCACUGAAAUUUUAUUUAUGGUGAUUUUGCUGUAACUCUAUGGUACUGAUUAGAGAUUCUAUUGAAUUGUUGAAGAGGAGAAGAUGAUUCAGUGCAUAAUACUACUAGCAUAGCAUGGUUGUCAUUGUCUAUAAUACCUGGCAAUCCCUUAGUUCAACCUGUACCUAAAGAAAGCUUGCCAUGUGUUGGAAACAUUACAAUAUCCAAGUAGUUUUAAGUGCCUGUCUAGGUCUUUUUUUUUAUUAUUCUCAUGGUACAUUGUCAUAAUUUUGGUCUCCAUACAAGCCAAAGACCUGGGGAAAUGUUGCAAUAGUCAAAAGCAUUCAGUAAAUUCAUGUUUCACCAGAUCUCUGAAGGUAGCAGUUUAAUAUUAUGCACUGAUUUUCACAUUAGGGCACAGUCUGUUUUACUGCAUCAAUCUUGGAAGAAAAUCUUCACUUGAAGUUGUUUUAUUUGAUGUGUAUCCUCUGUUUGAAUCAUACCUUUAAUCAAAUUGUUUGCAUUUGCAUGAGUGUGUGUUGAUAACUUUGCUCAGUGGUUUUUAUAACUCAGAUUCAGGUUCUUGGAUGUUUGUGAUUUUUUUUUUUUUUUUUUUUUUUGUGGUGGUGGGAUAAUGGGUGGGUAAAUGUGUGGGAAGAUAAAAUGUGUGACUGGCAGUGAAAUGAUGGGGUACUGAUAAAUCACAUUCACAGAUUCUUUUGUAUAAUUUUUGAAAGCAAUAAGCAUUGUGUGUCAGUAAAGGCGUCCUUUAUUGUUACAACAGUAGUGAAAAUCUGAUAUGUAUUUUGUGAAGUAUAUAAACUGGAUGGGUGGGCUUCACUCUUGCCUCACCAACCAGUGAUAGCGAGACUUGUCAAUACUUCAGUAACCUCAGCCAAGAUUAACACUACUGUAGCUGCUGUGUGUAGUUGUGAAACAUAUCUUCAGCUCAACAUGUCAGCCACAAGACCUCAUGUUGUUAGUAACAGGCAAACAGAAAGGCUCAAAUUUUAAUGAUGAGCUGCAGAGAGAAGAGACUGGAGGUGUGAACAUUUCAGAGAAGCUGCACUCACUCACUUCCCUUCACAGCCAUUUUCUGACGUCCCCCCAGGGCUCUCUGUUGGGAUCUGUGCUCUUUUGUUCAUUUGCUGUUUUUUUUUUCUUCUCUAUUUUGUCUAAAUUCAGACCUCAAACACUGGAACAAGUUUUGUGAAUUAAAUGAAUACACCAUAAA